AUGUUGCGGCUUCUGCUCAGCUUCCGUUCUAAAAGGGUCGCCAUCGUUGCGGACAUAGAGAAGGCUUUCCUCCAGAUCUUCCUUGACAAUCAAGACCGGGAUUACCUUCGCUUCUUCUGGUAUAAGGUGGCACCUACAGUAGACGGAGAUCUCCCUCCCCUUGAAGUAUGGCGCAUGACAAGAGUGCCGUUCGGCGCCACAUGCAGCACCUUCCUUCUGGCCGCCACAAUUCAACAUCACCUACAGUCUCUAGCCUUGGAGUACGCUUGGACAACCAGCAAGCUGAGAGAUAACUUCUAUGUCGACGAUCUUGUUAAUGGCGCAGACGAUUACCCUCAAGCUCUGCAGUUGUUCAAAGAAACUAUUCAAAUUUUCGAUAAGGCAGGUCUACCAGUUCGCAAGUGGCUCACCAACGAACCUGCACUUCAGAAACAGUUCGAAGAGCAAGGUUUAAGCCGUGCUACGACACUUUCUGUUAACGUCUUAGGAGUUACUUGGCGCACCACGACCGAUGACCUAUGCUGUGCUCUGUCUUCGGUAUCCGAGUUCCUGAAGUCUAGCCCAUGCACAAAGCGACAGGUCUUGCGCGCCGUAUCUCGCAUAUUUGACCCAUUUGGAUUCUUGGUGCCAUUCACCAUAUCUGCCAAGAUUCUUUUCCAGCGCCUAUGGGAGGAAAAGGCCUCAUGGGAUACACAUCUUGGACCGGAACACUCAACCGCAUGGCAAGGGUGGUGUUCAGAAAUCCCGAAGAUUCAAAACUUCUCGGUACCCCGGCUUUUGGAUCCUGAUGUCUCUGCGAACUUCGAAAGUUUUGACCUUCAUACAUUUUGCGAUGCAAGCCCCUUGGCUUACGGAGCAGUCGUCUACCUCCGUAACCCGGACACAACACGCACCUCGUUCGUCGUUGCCAAAUCUAGAGUGGCACCUUUAAAGCGUCAAACUCUUCCGAGGCUAGAACUUCUCGCCGCCUUACUAUCCUCAAGACUAAUCCAGACUGCGUCAGCAGUUUUUAACAUCCCCCGCUCUCAAUGUCACGCCUGGACCGAUUCCAUGAUUGCUCUAUCGUGGAUUCGGACAACGCCAACAAAUCUCCCACCAUUUGUCAGCAAUCGCGUCAUAGAGAUCCAGCGUUAUGUACCUCCAGACCUUUGCAGGCAUUGUCCCGGGCAUCAGAACCCUGCUGAUUUGUUAUCGCGAGGAAUUACAGCCACCCAGCUUCUGCGAAACCAUGCGUGGCUCUCUGGACCUCAAUGGCUUCAUCAACCUCCUGCCCUCUGGCCUCCAGAGCCUUCCUCACUCGGCUCAUCAACUCAGAGUUUAGAGCCUCUUUGCUCAUGUCCUGAAGAGAUCUCGGUCCUGCACACUCACGUAUCCUCUCAGCCUUUACUAACUCUCCUUGACUACAGUAGCUACAUGCGUGUCAUAACCGUAACGGCGUGGAUUUUCCGUUUUGUUCAACGUUGCCAAAGGCCGCCUAGCGCCCCAGACCGACGAUCUCUCUCCCUAUCACUUGACGAACAACAAAUAGCGGAACACUAUUGGUAUAAGGGCGUGCAACUAGAAGCUUUCGGUCUGCAUCCUGAAAGACACGACUCUCUCAAGACUUUCGAGAUUUUCUCAGAUUCUAACGGUCUUCUUCGACUCAAAACCCGACUGGUCUUCGAUAUAUCCCAUAAUCCUACCUUGCAGGCACCAUUUUACUAG